AUUCUAGAGAUUAGAAAAUGUUUAGAAAGCAAAUGUCUGUUUGUUUACACAACAUAGUCCGUCCAUUCAUUCAUUGUACGUUGAUUUGGGGUCAGAUUGACGCGAGGAGAUUUUAAAUACUCAAAAAAUAAAUUAUGUACGAGGAAAUAAAAAUACCCCACAAAGGUGGCUACAUUGCCGGUUGUUGGUAUGGAAAUCGCCAGGAGCGUCCACUACUGGCACUACACGGUUGGCAAGACAAUGCCGGCAGUUUCGCCCUACUGGCACCCAUACUAAGUCGUUAUGUACCUGUACUGGCAAUCGAUUUCCCGGGACAUGGAAAAUCUAGUCACAAUCCGCCUGGUAUACUUUAUCACUCUUUGGACUAUGUACGCGCCAUAAGGGCGAUAAUGCUGUACUUUAAGUGGCCGAAAAUAUCUUUGAUGGGACACUCCAUGGGUGCGGCAGUAUCAUUUCAUUUCUCCUCCUUAUUUCCCCAUCUGGUCGAUUUGUUAAUUAGCAUUGACAUUCUACACACACGCUAUCAUCCCCUCUCGGGCCAAAUUUACUUUUUCCGCUACUCAAUGGAUAAAUUUCUUGCGGAGACCGAACGUAAACUGAAAGGAGAUAAUCAAAAGAAACCUCUAUACACAUUCGAGCAAUUACAAGAACUAUUAUAUGAAGCUUCAGAGAAAUCCAUUGAUAUAGAUAAAACCAAAUAUAUUCUAGAAAGAAACACGACAUGGAAUUCUGAGAAGAAUAUGUUCUGUUUCUCACGCGAUGGCUCAAUAAAGCUGCUGCAAGAAUACAACACCGACCCCGGACUUUGUAUGGCGAUGAGCAAGAAUUUGACACAAAUCAAUUGGCUGGUAAUAAAGGGAGGUGAUUCCUAUCACAUCGAUGAACAAGCCACAGUGACUAAAGCCAUUAAGCAGUGGCACGAACAAAACAAUCCCAAUUUUGUGUUUCACGUUCUACCGGGACUUACGCAUCACUGUCAUUUAAAUAAUCCCAAUGAGGUGGCGGAAUGCAUUCUACCAUUUUUGGCUAAAUAUAGGAGCCAUGAUGCCACGAUUGCAGAGAGUAAAUUAUGAAUUAAAAAAUAAUUAGAAAAAACAAAAAUGACUUUGAGGGUAUAAAAGUCGGCCAUAUGAUACGUUACAGCACUUCGAACACAGUCAAAUGAAAUUAAUUCUAAACAAGUAAGCAAAGGCUACAGUCGAGCGGGGCCGACCGUUGAAUACCCUACAACACUACAAUAAACGAUACAGUGUAUAUAGGCGAGAUACUCGAAAGAAUUCCACAAGAUAUUGUGACAAAUAAUAAAAGAAAACCAUCAGGUU